AUGUCUUCUCAACAACUACGCAAUCACGUAACUGUAGCAUGCACUGAAUGCCGGAAAAGCAAAACAAAAUGCACUGGAGAAGCACCCUGCGAAAAUUGCAGAAAACGCAAUCAUGAAUGCAUUUUUACUCCAGGCGGAAAACGUGGUCCUAAACCUAAAGAUAAAGUGACCAGUCAAGAAUAUGAUCUUCCUUCGGAUAUAGAUAAUUCUACGCCUUAUAAUCUAACUCAAGCUUAUUGUAACGACAUUGUUGAAGGGGGGAAUUGCUUUUCUCAAACACAUGGUCAAGAAUAUGAUCCUCCUUUGGAUAUAGAUAAUUCUACGCCUCAUAAUCUAACUCAAGCUUAUUGUAACAACACUGUUAAAGGGGGGAAUUGCUUUUCUCAAACACAUGGUCAAGAAUAUGAUCCUCCUUCGGAUAUAGAUAAUUCUACGCCUUAUAAUCUAACUCAAGCUUAUUAUAACGACACUGUUAAAGGGGGGAAUUGCUUUUCUCAAACGCACGGUCAAGAAUAUGAUCCUUCUUCGGAUAUAAAUAAUUCUACGCCUUAUAAUCUAACUCAAGCUUAUUGUAACGACACUGUUAAAGGGGGGAAUUGCUUUUCUCAAACACACG